AUUUAAGCACAGGGAGGGGACAUGUCACCAACUUUCCAAACUCUCUCUCGGAUUUAUUUUUAAUAAUUUCUGUUUCGGCCCCGCUUUGGUAAUCUAAUCCCCCUGUUUUCCAUUCCCCUCAGAGACGCCGUCGUUUUAUUGACGCCGGUGGCUCUGUUAUCAGCUUUUUCAUCAUCAUCGUCUCCGACCUCCCGCAAAACAUUAUCUACCAGGGUGGAGGUGGGGGGGCGGGGGCGGGAAAAACCAUGAAGCAGGGCUUCAGGUUCUCUCUGUCCGUAACCGUCGUCGUUUUGGCAAUCUGUUACAUAUACUUGACCACAAUCUUCAUUUACAUCGACCGGUGGUUCGGUCUAAUGACCUCUCCUGGAAUAAUGAACGCCGUCGUUUUCACCGGAGUCGCCGCCAUGUGCGUCUUCAACUACACCGUCGCUGUUUUCAUGGAUCCGGGUAAAGUUCCCUCCACUUACAUGCCUGACAUUGAAGAUUCCGAUAACCCUGUUCACGAGAUCAAGCGCAAGGGUGGAGACUUGAGGUAUUGCCAAAAGUGUACUCGCUAUAAACCACCACGUGCACAUCAUUGUCGUGUCUGCAAAAGAUGUGUUUUGCGAAUGGAUCAUCAUUGCAUAUGGAUAAAUAAUUGCGUCGGCCAUGCAAACUAUAAGGUCUUCUUCAUCUUUGUUGUGUAUGCUGUAAUUGCAUGCAUCUACGCCCUGGUUUUGCUUGUUGGUAGUCUAGCUAUAGAUUCUGAAGAGGACGAGCAAGAAAGUGGAAGCUCUUUGAGGACUGCAUAUGUCAUUUCUGGCUUAUUGCUAGUCCCCUUAAGCGUGGCACUAAGUGUUCUUUUAGGUUGGCAUAUCUACCUCGUCUUGCAGAACAAGACCACAAUUGAGUAUCAUGAAGGAGUGAGAGCUAUGUGGCUUGCAGAGAAAGGAGGGAAUGUCUAUUCACAUCCAUAUGAUCUUGGUGCUUAUGAAAAUCUGGUGACGGUACUGGGUCCUAAUAUCUUCACCUGGGUAUGCCCUACCUCAUCACAUAUUGGUUCCGGCCUUCGCUUCCGUACAGCCUAUGAUUAUUCAGCUGUUGCAUUACCAUCAACAUGAAGACACAUAGUUUCUUGUCUUGGUUUACACAAAUGACUUUAAAAAGUGUAGUGGGGAUACCAAGUUUGUGAUGAUGUCUGGUGUCCUUUUUCAGGUGUCCCAGCAUGUAGGAGAAAAAGAUCCCUUCUUUAUCACUUGUACCAAAAAAACCUAGGGUAAGAGUUCAUUGCUGGAAGACAAUUUUACGAAGACAUCUGAAUGUAAGGUCAGUCUGUCCUUGUCAAGCGGCUGAAGUUAAUCAUUGUUCAAAGCAACUUUGACUUAGAUAGCUGGGGCUCUUUUCAUCUGCUUUUCCAUGUUCUUUUUUCUUUUCUGUUUCUGUUUUUAUGUUCCUUUGUGGGGCCCUUUUCUUGGGGAUUAAGUUGAAGAGUUUACUGGCAUGGUCGAGUUGAUAGUUUUUGUGAGUCUUGAUGGUUAGGUUUAUGUACAAAAGAGGGAACCACUAAUACCAAUUGUAUUUCCUGUAAAGGUGUUCAAAGUCUACAGCGGAAUGUUCAUAUAACUUGGAAGAGUUGCAAA